AUGGAUAAUCAGCAGGAGCGUAUAUCUGAGGAUAUCACUGGCGAUCUAGCUGCGGCUGUCAGGAAAUCAUGGUCAGAAUCGCAGGAGAACCCGCUGUUGUUGAACUUUAAUAACUCUCCCAUAGGUACACCAACAGAUAGGUACUCCCCUGAGCCAGCAAUAGCGAUGGAGGGAGAUACAAUGAACCCUUCAUCUCUCGCAAGAGGGUCAAGGCAGGAGCAGCAAAGACUGUAUAACUCAGCUCAAUCUCGCCAAAAGUAUGAUCAGCAACAGCAAGAUUAUCAAUUGUUUAAGCAUCAUUAUUCUCUGGGGCAGGAGACAAGAGAAUCUGUCGCCGAUAUUCUCAAUGAUUUGACUCUCGGAUCCCCGGAACCUAGUGAAAGGAUAUCGCCGAUAAGACAGCCAUCGGUGGAUGUCCCCCCCUUAACUACGAGGCGUAGUUCUAUUCAGGAUGUUCAAUGGAUAAGACAUUUACUAAAUCCAAGAAGUUCGUUUUCUGGUGUAUCUGCGAAUGAACCAGCCAGUUCCCCUAAUGAUUUGCUCAAUCAGAGCAGAGCUUGGAUAACAAUAUUACACGAUUCAUCAGCAGAAUCAUUACAGGCUGUUAUUGUGUUAGCCCAGUCAUUGAAGAAUGUCAAUUCCCAAUAUAGUCUUUGGGUAUUGCAUCCCAGCGAAGUCAAUGCUUUCCAAUUGAGACAAGUGGGAAUUAAGACGUUAAUAAUAGAUGAAUACAUCAAUUUGUUUUUGAAUUUUGGGACUGGCUCGGGGUUUAAUGACAGUUCACAAGUAACCGAAACAAAGCACGAUUUAAACUUUAAAUGGUGUAAGCUAUUCCUCUUCUUUUCAUUGAUUGACAAAUUUGAAUUGAUCUGCUAUUUGUCCCCUACAUGUCUGGUAUCAAAAAAUAUCGAUGAACUAUUGGAAAGUCCUGAGGUGUCCGAUGAGAUUGAUAAUGAAACCUGUGUUUUGUUAUCGAAUAAGGUAAAUUACAUCAACGGCGAGCUUGCUAGCAUAGGGCAAGACCGAAAUUGCGAUAGAGUUUAUGAUGAAGAUCCUCAAGUUAUUAUAUUAAAACCUAAUAGCGCAGUGGCAAUGUGUAUUAAGGAGUAUUUUACGAUUUACGGAAACGAUUUUGAAGGUGAAAGUAAAAGAUCAAUGUUUCAUCAAAUGAAUGAUUUACAAAUAAUGAAGGCAUUGUUUGGAGACAAAUGGGGCUACAUAGAUAGUGGUGGCUACUGUGCUGUUCCCGUAACCAGCAUCCCAGCAGACACCUUAAAUUAUAAGAUAGUCGAUUUUAGAAUCUUGAAACCCUGGGAAAGGGAAAACUACAUUUUUGCCGGUCAACAUCUAGAUUCUAUCAUGAACAAAUGGCUAGAUAUUUGGCGAGACUUUCUAAACCAAGCAAAUUGA